AUGUUUUCAAUAACCUUGCAGACUAUUUUACUGACUUGCUUUCUGAUUUACAUCAUACCUGGUAAGAGCCAAGUGUGUUUGACAUUUAUUGACCCUUGCCCAACAUCUUGGCACCUGUGGGGAAACUCUUGCUACAUAAUCACCGAGACGAUCGUGCCCUGGGCAAGCGCUAGAGGCGAGUGUACCAAGCUGGGAGGUGCCCUUGUUGCCCCACGGACAGUCCAAGAAAAUGACUUUAUUGGGGCAUUGAUUCCGGCGGGCAAGAAUGCUUGGAUCGAUUGUGUUCUAGAUGGGAGUGACGUAUGGGUUUGCAAAGAUGAUGGUGAGGAGGUCCAGUUAAGGAAUUGGGACCUUGGGUGGUCGCCACGGCAGCCCGAUGAAGGGCGCCAGAGGUGUGCCGUCAUACAGCGUGAAUGGAGCUUUCAAUAUCUGUGGCAUGAUCACUGUUGUAACAUAGACCAACGAUCAGCUUGCAAGAAACCUGCAGGACCAAGAUAUAUCUUCGAUGAGUAA